GCAGCAUGGAGACGCUCCUCUCUGGCUCUGGUGCACCUCCCUCUCCUCCUCAUCUUCAUCUUCAUCGCCUCCCACUGCGGCUCAGUGGGAGUGAGGAUCAGCGUUGUGUGGACUGAAGAUGAUGGUGAUGAAGGACCUGAUGAUGAAGUUCUUCCAGAGUGUGUGUGGAGAAGGUUCCAGCAGGGUUCGGGUUCUGGUGUUCUCACGCUGCUGCUGCCGCUGAUGCUGAUGAUGAUGAUGAAGAUGAUGAUGUGGAUUAUAACUUUGAACUGAUGAUAAUUGUUGAGAUCAUGGCACGUGCUGUGUGUGUGUGAAACUUGUCCAAAGUGCGGGACAUUUGAUGUUGAGACAUUUGCAGCAGAGUCUUCCUCUCAAACAUGUGAUCAAACAUCUUCAUCACUGAGUGGAAACAAAGCGCAGCAGCGUCACGUGCGGAUUUUCUACCUGUUCUUCUUCCACUUUAUGACUUUGACUCAAACAGCAGAGGGAAAACGCUUUUCUUUCUUCUCCUCCUCGGACAGAAAAUGAGGAGCUGUCUGUUCCGGCUCUCACUCCUCCUCCUCCUCUUCCUCCUCACCUGCGUCCUCUCCAUCCGCGGCACCGCUGCGCCCGCCACCGAGGCUGAGGCGCACGCGGCGCCGCGGGAAACCUGCGCGUCCUGCGGCGGCGCGUCGCAGCCCGCGGACGCCGAGUCCGCGCGGAUGAACGUGGACUUCGUGGAGGCUGUGAAGAGGCACAUCCUGAGCCGGCUGCAGAUGCGGGACAGACCCAACAUCACGCACCCGGUGCCGAAGGCGGCCAUGGUGACGGCGCUGCGGAAGCUGCACGCGGGGAAACUGCGGGAGGACGGACGCGUGGAGAUCCCCAACCUGGACGGACACGCGAUGAGCAACGAGAUUCUGGAGGAGAGCUCCGAGAUCAUCAGCUUCGCUGAGAAAGAUGACAUGGUGACCUCCAAGUCCAGCCUGUUCUUCCUCAUCUCCAGUGAGGGGAACCAAAACCUCCACGCGUCCCAGGCCACGCUCUGGCUCUACUUUAAGCUCCUGCCGUCUGCGAUGGAGGUGCGUCCACGGCGGAAGGUGACGGUGAAGGUCUACUACCAGGAGCCUGGCCUGGGCAGCAAGUGGAACCUGGUGGAGAAGCGGUUGGAGCUGAAGCGCAGCAGCUGGCACACCUUCAUGCUGACGGACGCCGUGCGGUUGGUGUUCGAGAAGGGCGCCCGGCGGCAGAACCUGGACGUGCGCUGUGAAGGCUGCGAGGCGGAGAACGUGGUGCCGAUCCUGCUCAACCACAACGACGAGUCGCACAGGCCCUUCCUAGUGGUGCAGGCGAGGCAGGUCGACAACAAGCACCGCAUCCGCAAGAGGGGGCUGGAGUGCGACGGCAGCAGCAACCUGUGCUGCCGUCAGCAGUUCUACAUAGACUUCCGACUCAUCGGCUGGAACGACUGGAUCAUCGCGCCGUCGGGCUACUUUGGGAACUACUGCGAGGGGAACUGUCCGGCCUACAUGGCGGGCGUUCCCGGCUCGGCCUCGUCCUUCCACACGGCGGUGGUGAACCAGUACCGCAUGCGCGGCAUGAGUCCGGGCUCCAUGAACUCCUGCUGCAUCCCCACCAAGCUCAGCACCAUGUCCAUGCUCUACUUUGACGACGAGUACAACAUCGUGAAGCGGGACGUGCCCAACAUGAUCGUGGAGGAGUGCGGCUGCGCCUGAGUGUUUAUUCUUCAAGUGGAACUGAGAAACUUCACGAUAUUACGUCAAAAAGAUGAAUAUAGACAGAAUAUUUAUGGACGGCAGAGAGACAAAUGUGUGUCACACGCACAUAUCUACACGCACUCAUGUACGCCUGCACAGAAACUUGUAUAUAUAUUUAUGUUUGUUGAUAUAUGUUUGUCAUAUUCUCUGCUGGAAGACUGUUUCUGAUUCUGUCACCAAACUUCCAAAAUCGCUAAAUAUCCACCUUUGGAAAUCAAUCAAUGUCUAACGUUCUGUGAGGAUAGGGUCGACGUACGUGAGCGUUUGUUAGAGUAGAUAAACCUGUAAAAAGAAGAAGCCUUACACCAAGUCCAUGAUUUAACGAUGCCUCUUUCAGGACGAGGAAAACUCGGGACGAGCACUGAUGAUGUCCCAACGUACGGCACUUGUGGACACGAGUCAUGCUCACGCUUAGGCUAACUCUGUUCCACGAUGUUUGGACGAAUUCCCGAAGAAGAGUUUUUUUAGGAAGGUUCCUGUUGCAGGUGUUACAUCUUCUGAUUCUGGAAUAUUCUCUGUCCAUCGUCUUGGUUUUUCCACCAUCGCUACAGCAUUUUAAGCAUGAUUAUUGCCCAAAAGGUCAACAGUUUGCGUUUAUUAGUGCGUCAGUGAACGACAAUCAAGGCCGCGCCUCAGAGGCCUCAAGACCUUUCCACAAAAAAGUCAUGCGUGCAGAGUCGCGACAAAGUUGUGAUGCCGUCGUUUGUUUAGAGUCUUAUUUCCCGGGUGUCGUGGAGCUCCGCCCAUUUUCCUUCCACCAUCAUCGAGUCAGUCGCCUAAUCCGACACAGUGACCGUCGUAUCAUACGAUAAAAGAUCCUGAAGUCUCAGUGAACUCAGCCUUAAGCUACAAUCACGUUAGCAGCCACAAAUCACAUCAACGCAAAACACUUAAGUUUGGUCAUGUGAUCAUAGUCUUAUAGAAUCCAACUCUUUAUGAGGUUUCUGGUUUAAGAUCAUUUUAAAGAUCAGUUCCCUUGAAACGUUUGUGGGGAACCACGCACCAAACUUCUCCACAGAUAAUAACCUUCAGAUUUACAGCCAACAACUCAAACCAGGUCCAGAUCAGUCCAGAUCAGACCAGAUCAGACCAGAUCAGACCAGUCCAACAGUUCAGGAAUUUUGCCACUUUCUCCACAGGUUUUCACUUUGACGGACCAAACUUCCAGUGACUGUUUCUAAAUGUGGGUUAGUUCUAGGUUAUAGCGUUUGUAAAAAUAAUUAUGUAUGGAUGUUUGUUUGUUUGUUUUU